GUCCUCUGUCACGUGAUUUCGUAGGAGUUUCUUUGCAGAAACACGAAUGGCGCCGUAUUGACAAUAGGUAACAUCUGUUAUCUUAACUUACCUUUCAUUGCAAUCUGAUCAACCUAUUCAUUAGAUUACGUAAUAUAGACGGCUUUCAAUAACCAACGAUUUAGAGUGACUUUUAAUUUUUAUUCUACCCGAAUUAAGUUAUCUUAUAUAAUUAUGACGGUUAUUUUAAGCCGAUUAUAUCUACCUACGUGCUUGCAUAUAUUAUUCAGAUAAAGAAUGAUGUAGUUUUUAAAAGAGAGAGUAUGCAUUUUAUAUUAAGAAUAUAUAUGUGUUUAGUAAAAUAACAUAUUCUUUACUGUAUCCAUAGAAACCUCUCUAUCAUUUAUAUAUAUAUAUAUAUAUUUAUAUACUGUAUAUAUGUGUUUGUAUGUUUGCAAAGGCUAUAAAUAUACAGUUAUAGAUAGACAUAGACAGCUAUAUGAAUUUCGUAAAUUGAAUGGUAAAUAGGAUUAAUCAUCCUCUUUUUAAUGUGAUGCUUAGAGAGUACAAUAUAUAUAUAUAGAUAUAUUAGUAUCUAUAUAUAUAUAUAUAUAUAUAUAUAUAUAUAUAUAUAUUGGAUAUUUACACAUAUGCAUUCUAUAUAAAUCAGAUUGUACUGAUGAGAGUUAGAUAUUCGCUUUAAGGAGAGUGCAAGUAAAUGGAUAUUUUGUAAUUUACACAUCUCUUUUGCAGGCUGUCUGGAAUGAAAGCAGCCGUUACGUUGUUCAUUUUUUUCGUAUUUUUGGCCCUGAAUCAAGCCGCUCCGCAGGCUAAAGUUCGCGUAAAACGGGCCCUGGAGCAGCUGGAAUAUGGAAACCAUCAGAAUAGACCCAGAGUAAAAAAAGCGGAUCCGAAUGUGCCGCAGAAGCUUAUGCCGCCUAAUCCCAUAGCCACAAAACGACUGGAAGAGACUAAAUCGCCGGCUCCAGUAACAAAAGUGGAGAGUGAUAAAGCUGCUAAGUCAGAUGUUGCAAUCGUACCCAAGGAAAAGACAGUCGAAGAGGAUAAGGAAUUGAGUGAUAUCUAUGAUUGGCUUAUGAAGAGUAUGAAGCCGGAAAUGAGAACAAAUUGGAGAAAGAAAAGGUCUUCGGCAACUGCAGAGGAUAUGUCAGGCGCCCCCGUACAGGCUCGUUCAAAACGCUCUCUCUACUAUGAUUUGCCAAUGGAUGUUUACGAAGAUGAGAUUCCAUUCGACGAUGACGAGACUUAUCCAUCGCUCUACGAUUGGAAAGAUCCUUACGAAUAUUAUGAAAACUCUGAAUAUCCAACCUCUGACAGCCUCAUUCCAGAAGACGAGGAAGAUAUCUCAGAGCUCUAUGGAUAUAAAUCGGAACCAACGUGGAAACGAGCAGCCCCUUAUGGAUUAUAUGAUACUGUUAGUGAGAAAAGGAGUAGAGAGGAGGCAAUGAAUCGUCUCUAUGCUUUGGCUUAUAGAUUGGGUAAAAAGAAGUAA